ACACAAACACAUUAAUGCUCGACAUGCACAUGUGUACAGAGUUACAGAUGUCCAUAAAGGUCAGUAAAAUCUGGUGGAGUGCAGGACUUAAUCAACACGACUUCAUCAAAUCAUUAUUUUCAUGAUUGACACAUAUUAUACACACGCAGAGGCUCUGAUACACACCUCAUGCAUGCUCUACAAUAAAGUGACAUUGUGAGUGAGCAACUGUUCAAACCCACAGAAUCUUAACUUAAAGUUUAAGAAAGAUGUCAGUGUUUUCAAAGUUCUUAAAUAUAUCUGGUUAAAAUGUAGUUCAAUGCAAAUAUAAUGAUACACAACACGUCUAAAAUGUUUCACUCAGUAAAAUGUGCAGUUGUGAACACAUGGUGUCACAUUUUUGAAUAUUUCACACAGUUUCUUACCAGCUGCACAGAGCCUUGGUGAAGUAUGAGAACAUGUAGAGACAGAAUAUUGUAACAGUAUUAUUUUAGGAAAACCAUCAUUUUUGUUUUAUUAAAAAAACAAACAAAUUGAGACUGUUAUUGACCAGUAUAUUUCAUAAUUCUCCACUUAUUUAUUUGGGUUUGUAAGGGAGUAUGAAUAAUUGGGAUCCAUUCAUAAACAACUUUUCAUUUCCAGAAAAAUUCUCUACUAAAAUUCUAAUAACUGGAAAAACUGGUAGAAAUACAUUUAACACAAUGUAAAUAUCCAUUUAUUGCUGGAAAGUUCAGUUUUAUGGGUGGUGUGAGAUGGUCACACAUCGAUCUUUAUUUUAGCUGAAUGAUAUAGGACAUAAUUCUCAGUACCACAUUUUACACUUUAUUCUGCUCUACUACUACUACUCUCUAAGGUGAAACUGGGCUCGCUGGUGGGGAGUUUGACGUGGUUUACUCUUGUGAGUUUUGAGGUGGCAUCUAAUUAAAAAAAAAAAAAAAAAAAAAAAAGUAUUACAGUGUGUCAUGUGUUGUAUCGAGCCGUGUCUGACUGGGUUGUACUGUAUCUCUGGUGUUGUUGGUGAUGAGUGGUGGGCUCAUGUCAGUUCAGAGUGUUCCCCUUUAGAAGUCAAAACAGCAUAUGAUUUGAUUUCAUGCUCUUUUAUCCUUUAACUAGCCUGAUAACAGGGACGGAAAAGGCAACGACGUGUGUGUGUGUGUGUGUACAACAACUCUCCAUCAUCCCCUAGCAGAGGAUCCAUUAGCCGUGGACCCCCUCCCCGGUUGCCCAGUGAUAAAGUAAACAAAGUGUGUUUGACCAAUCCGGCGGGCAAAUAUUUGUUCUGGAAGCUGCUUCAUCCGACAGGAGACACACACAAACACACACACACACACACACACACACAUACACACACACACACACACACACACACACACACACACACACACACACACACACACACACACGUGCGUCUGCAGCCGUGAGCUGAGGUAUAUAUACAGUGAGAAUCCGACUGGACCAGUAUUACAUAUGCACACACACAAACAGCAAAGUGGAUCCAUCAGUGACCCAGGCCUGGACACAGACUCACCUGAACCUGGCUGCUAAGUCGAAUUUCCUCUAGUGUUAAUAAGCCAACAUGGCGGCAGGUGUCAUCAGGAACUUCCUCGUCCAGGCCCCAACUCCAGCCUACUUCCCCCUGAUUUUCCAGCACUCUCCCUGCAAAGACGACGAAGAAGAAGAGAAGCUGGAGGAAAAGCCAGAGGAGAGGGAGGAUGAAGAAGAAAGAGAAGAGGAGGAGGAGGAGGAUGAAGAAUCUGAAGCUCAAGAGGAAGAAGAAGAAUGUUUAGAGGAGGUUUUUCUAAACCCAGACCACUAUGCUUUGGAUGUGACCAAGCAGCUGUUGAGGUUUGCAGACCUUAUCAGUCAUGAUGUUCAGCGGUAUUUCGGUCGCUGCUCUGAUGACCAAGAGGCUUGUGACAUCUACAGCGACUCCGUCUCCGUCACAACCAGCGGGCGUCUGCGUUACUAUGACGACCUGCUGAGAAUCGCUAGAGCAGGGAGUCCAGAGGAGCAAGAAAACAGCUUUGCGACUUGUAGUGAUCAUCAAGGAGUUGGGGUUGCUAAGGGCAACAACAGUUUGGGGCCCCUGGCUGAACUGUUCAACCACAGGGGCCCGAUUCAAGGCCGUGGCCAACCAAUGAUCAAGCGGCAUCUCCCGCUCAGUUUCUGGACUGAGCCGAUCCCCUGCUGCUCUCUGGGCAGCUUCAGUAACACACCUGAUGUCACACACACAGACAGUGACACACCUCCACAGGACAGCACACACACAGACGCUAACACACACGUGCACUAUAAUGCGCUCACACACCACAGCACGCACGCCCUCGACAACAAUCAGCCUGACUUCAGUGACUUGCUGGCGAACUGGGAUCCAAACCCAGAGCUCACACACACGCUGACGGAGAACACACACAUGCAGCAUUAAAGCCUGAUGGGACUGAGAGAAAAAGACUUCAUUCAUGUCCUUCACAGUUUUGAUACACACUUGUAAAGAGUUAAAUAAAAAGGAAAAUAACAGGAAACGACUCAUUUGCUGUGCACAGUUUUCUUCUGUUUGUUUGAAAGCGUUCACCCAAAUACAAACAAAACAUUAUCUGAUCUAACCUUGAUAGUCUCCAGUCAUGCAGACUUGACUUGAUUUGAUUUUCUG